GCUGAACCAGACCUCCCGGUUUUCAGAACCCAGGCAUCGACGCGCUCGGGGCAGCCGCCUGCCUUCCUGAGAGGGGGCAUCCGUCACGAAUGGGAAUGGGCCCGAAUGAUGAUUUUGAAACGUGGGCCAAGAGGCCAAACCGAGACCCACGCAAGCUCUCCUGACCUGAGAUUCGGUAGUGGCGUCUUUGGAGGUAGCAGGCUAGCACAUCUGCGUGGAAGCGGGGGGUCCCUUCCUCGGUCCCUCUGGAGCAGAAGGAGGGACCUCAUCCAACAUGUCUCGACGCAGCCAGCGCCUGAAGCUCUAUUCCCAGGGGGAUGACGAUGGCGGCAGCAGCAGCAGUGGCGGUAGCUCCCUAGUAGGCAGUCAGCACUCCCUCUUUAAGGACAGUCCCAUCAGGACUCUGAAGAGGAAAUCCAGCAAUGUGAAGCGGCUCUCGCCGGCCCCUCACCUGGGCACCUCCUCGAAUGCCCACACCACUUACUAUAGCGAAUCCGUUGUCAGCGAGUCGUACGUCGGGGGUCCCCGGUCAUCCCCCUUGGCUCGAAGCUCCAUUCUCCGUGACCCUCAGCCAGACAGUGACCUGAUGUGGAAUGAGGACCUGCUAGUGAGAAGGAGAGACACGGGCAGUACGGAAAGCAGUAACAUCAACAGGCUGACGGAGAACAAAGUGCCAUAUGACACCUACGGCUCUUCCUCCGGCUACUCUUCCGAAGAUGACUACGCGGGACACCUGGGCGUGGACCAGUACGGCUCUGAAUCGCGGUUAAAGAAAGCUGCCUCUCGAGCGGGAUCGUUCCUUUGGAUGGUGGUUACUUUUCCAGGUCAAUUCUUUGGACUCUGCUACUGGUGGAUCGGCACCACCUGGUACCGCCUGACCACAAACGCGACCCUCCUGGAUGUCUUUGUCUUAACCAGGCGUUUUCCAUCCCUGAAGAAACUUCUACUGCUCCUUCUGAUGCUCCUCCUCCUGGUCUUCCUUGCUUACGGUGCUUGGUAUCUCUACCCGUACGGGCUGCAGACGCUCCGUCCGGUUGUGUUAUCCUGGUGGGCAGGAAGAGCCUCUGUGGACAGCAGCAAGAGAGACAUGAUGUGGGAAUCCGGCCAUUCCGCCGCACACAUCCAGGACAAGCAGCUCUUCCUGUCGCAUGUGCACACCCUAGAGCGGCGGCUGGAAGCCCUGGCGGCCGAAUUUUCCUCCCACUGGCAGAAGGACGCGCUCCGGCUGGAGCGGCUGGAGCUGUGGCAGGGGGAGGCGACAGCGGCCGGGGCCGGUGGGGCCGGCGGCGGGGGCGGCCUGAGCCACGAAGACACCCUGACGCUCCUGGAGGGGUUGGUGAGCCGCCGGGAAGCCGUGCUGCGGGAGGACUUCCGCCUGGGCCUCGCCAGUCGCAUCCAGGACGAGCUGGCCACCCUGAGGGCCGAGCAGCGCCAAGAUGUGGAUGAGAUCCUCAAGAAAAUCGCUCGAGCAUCCCACGAGACCGAGGCCUGGGUGCUGCAGCUGAAGUCAGAGUGGCAGAGUUCAACCCAGGAAGCCCUGCGGGCCAGCCAGCUGCAGGACUUGGGGAGGCUGGACGGGCAGUUGGCCGACCUGAGGCGAGAGCUGGCCACCCUGACCCUGAAGCAGGCCACCGUGGCAGAGCAGGUGGAAGGGCUUCCCCAGAGGAUCCAGGAUGUGCAGAACGAGGUGGAGAGUCAGUUCCCCGGCUGGAUCAGCCGAUUCCUCCUGCGCGACGAGGCCGUCGGGGCCAGGCUCCUUCAGCGAGAGGAGCUGCAAGAUCAGCUGCAGAAGCUGGAGCACAAGAUCCUCGCCCACCUGGCCCAGGAGCAGGGGAAGGAGGCCGCGGCCGGCCUGGGGGUGGUCCUGCGGAAGGAAGGGGUGACGGGAGUGACAGAGGAGCAAGUCCACCACAUUGUGAGCCAGGCCCUGAAGCGCUAUAGUGAAGACCAAAUCGGGCUUGUGGACUACGCCCUCGAGUCAGGAGGGGCCAGCGUCAUCAACACCCGCUGCUCGGAGACCUAUGAGACCAAGACGGCCCUCCUCAGCCUGUUUGGCAUUCCCUUGUGGUACCAUUCUCAGUCCCCCCGGACCAUCCUCCACCCGGACGUGUACCCGGGAAACUGCUGGGCGUUUCGGGGCGAGCAAGGCUUUGCCGUGGUCCGUCUGUCAGCCCGCAUCCGACCCACUGCCGUCACCCUGGAGCACGUGUCCAAAUCCCUGCUGCCCAGCAGCACCCUGCUCAGCGCCCCCAAGGACUUCGUCAUCUUUGGCCUGGAUGAAGAAACGCAACAGGAGGGGACACCCCUGGGGCGGUUCACCUACGAUCGGCACGGAGAUCCCAUCCAGACAUUCCAGCUGGAGGACACCCAGCCGACCACGUACCAGGUGGUGGAGCUACGCAUCCUGAGCAACUGGGGACACCCAGAAUACACCUGCAUCUAUCGCUUCCGUGUGCACGGGGAGCCCCAGGCCUAACCCCGCUCCCCUAGCUGCUACCUCAGGGUCUGACUCGCUGGCCCAGGGGGGCAGUUCCCCCUGGCCAGCUGGGUCCCCCUCUGCCCCCCAGCCCCGAGGCACGUAUAACCUACCAGCUCGCCAUCACAUCCCCUCACGCUUGACAUCUUGUAGGUACCGCGGCUUCUGGGGGGGGGAGGGAGGAGGGGCCUCGGCCAGGGUGGGAGAGGGGGAAAUGUGAAAACAGUUCCGUCUGCUCUCCCCCCCUCUGGCUGCUGCUGUUCUCCUCCUCCUCCUCCUGCUGUCAGAGCUCAGGGCUCCCUGGCGGGUGGUCUGCCCCUCCAGAAGGGUGUAUAUAUGUAUUAUAAUCGUGGGGGCGGAUAAAGUAUUUAUUGCACUCUACAGUGGCCAAGUGGAACCUGAUUGGUGACUGCCUGGCUCAAGUCACAGGGGAGAGGGGGCGGUGGUGAAGGGCACAGUUCCACUGGGCUGGAGGGCGAGAUGGGGGUAGAAAUGGGAACCCUGGGCCGAGCUCUGUCGUAGGGAUCAGGGUGCCCUCCCAUACCCACCUUUUCCCACCGAGGGGCCCAGACUGGAACCUCAGUAAGGUGCCUCUCUUCUAAUGGGUGUGGGGAUGUGGGGGCACCCGCUCUUAUUAGCCACUAAUCCUCAUUCUGGAAUGCUUAGCUCUAGGCUGCACUAGGGCUGGAUUUAUACACUGUAUUUCCCCACCCCGUGGAAAGGAGACUGGGGAAGCUCCUUGCCCGCCUGAUCCACCCCGCCUCCAGCCAGAGUGGGUGGUACGUGUCACCCUGUAAGUAGAAGAGGGGCCGGCCGCCUGCUUGCUGGGGGGAGUGGGGAUGCAGUAUUAGACGGGGCACCCCAGCCCACCGUUAGAGAACCCUCCCUGGCUCUGGACUGAAGUCCCAGCCUCCCAGCUACCCCGCCCGGGGGCUCAUACUUACCCGACGCCGUCGCCCCGUCUCAGCCCCUGGGAAAGGUAGGCCCCAUCUCCGGGCACCCCGAAAGCAAGACUCUGGGUGGGAUUCUGGCCUCUUGCUGGCUUAUCUGCACACGGGAGGGACCCCUUAGACUGCGUUGGGAAAAGGACAGGGA